ACGGCCAGCUACGCGACGAUGUGGCUGGGUCGCGAGGGGACGCAGCAGUGGUCGAGCCUCGCGCCAGCAGCGCCGCCGGCGACGCGGCUGGGAGCAGCCGCGGCAGCGAGCGCGGCCCCGCCUGCCGCGCCGAGGGCGCCGGCUGCGGCCCCCGUGCAGCGUGCGGCGGACGUCCAGGCGGACGCGACGAGCAAGAGGUCCUCCCUGGCCCCAGCAGCCCAGGGAGGAAGAGUGGUCGACGAGCUGCCGCUAGAGCUGCAGGAGAAGCUGAUGAACAUUCAGGAAGAUAUCGACUCAGAAGACGGGCUGGAAGUUCUCAUUCGAUACCUCAGACAAUGCCGAGGUGAUCGAGACGACGAUAAGCAGAAGGAAGCGUUCAGGCCAAGAAGUACGGAUUGGCUCGAGAAGAUACAGGUCGAGCAGCUGAAGUCCGGAGCACACUUGUCGGAGCAAAACCUCAUAAACAUGUUGAGCAUAUCGCAGGGUCGAGACGACCUGGACUCGAUCAAGAAAGCCAUGAUGAGAAUGGACGCGAAGCGCAUCGCCACCAAGGCCUCCGCCGGAGGCGCCGGGGGGGCCCGGUCGAGGGUCUUCGCCUCCGUGGAGAAUGCUGUCGCCGCCGUCCAGGAGCAGGCAGGCGACGACGAGGAAGACAUGGAGGAGUGGGUCGUCGAGUUCCUGGAGGACUCCGUCCUCGAGCACGACGACGCCGAGGCGGUGCACGUGGCUGUGGAUCACCGAGACCUAGACGAGGACCAGCUGCGCGCCGUGAUCGGCGCCAUCCUGGACGAGAUGCGCGAGGAGGAGGGCAAGCCCAGGCGAUGGGCCGAGAGCAAGGAGCUGAAGCGCGCGAUGGCCAGGGUGGGCUCGGGCAAGCAACGACUGAGUAUCGAGAAGCUGAAGGCCCGCAGCAAGUGCGCCAACUGCGGGCAGAAGGGGCACUGGAGGAAGGAGUGCCCGAACCCCUUUCGUCCGAAGCCUCGUUCCAAGGCCGAGACUCGGCCGCGCGGCCCCAUGUACGUCAGGGGGGGCGACGGCGCGAGCUCGGGCAUGACCUGGCUGGCGGGUGCCGUCCGCAUCGAGGAGAUCUGUCGCGCCGCAGCCCAGGUCGCGGACGGCGUGCGGCAGUUGGACGACGAUCGCGAGCCAGCUGGCAUGGUGGACACGGCGGCGGGCCAGGCACUUGCGGGCAGCGAGCGUCUGGAGAAGCUGAAGGCCGCCUACGCUCGCCGAGGCUGGAAGAUUCCGACUCGCCACGGCAAAGUGGCCGGCCAGGCCAGGGGGGUCGGAGGAAGCGCCAAGGUCAUCGGCGAGGCCCUGAUCCCGAUCACCGCGACUCCAAACCAGAGCGUGAUUAUCCUUUUUCGCAUCGUGGAGGGCCCGAUUCCGCCGCUGCUGCCUGUGAAGUGGCCGGAGUCCGUGGGCGCCGUGGUCGACCUGCGCAAGGACGUCAUCGACCUGAGCGGCACCGAGCUGCCCUCGCACCGGGAGCCGCCCGGGCAUAGGCUCGUGAGCUUGCUCGGCGCCCGGCCCCCGCUCCUGUUCGAGGUGGCCGCGGAUGCCGCGGUGGACUGGCCAGGACUGAAGGCCGCUGACAUUUGCGCCUACUCGUAUCUCCUCCCCCGAUCCUCGCCCUGUUUUCUCGAGAUCGGCUCGAGCCAAGACGCCUGCCGAUCGGGCGGUUCCGGGCUCCAGGAGAUCCGCGGGGAGAAGGUCUCUGGGGGCAGUGACCAGGUCCCGGGGCCCGACAUGGAGGAGGCCCCGUCGGGGCUCCCAGUACGCUGGCACGUCGAGGAAAGCAUGAGAUCAGGAGGUCACCUACAGGACGAGGAAGGAAAGGGCACAGGAGUCUAUCAGCAGGAAGAGGAGAGAAAGGAGGAGAGGGAGGCCAACAAGGAAGAAGGAGGCGGCGCCGCGCCCGGAGACCUCCCGGAAGGGGUGCACGACUUCGGCGACACCGUGAAACCCGAGGUCGAUCGCACGUCCGUAGCCAUCGAGCUCGAGACCAAGCUUGAGGCUGCCCGCGGGCCCAGCCUCCCCGACGUGACUACCGAGGCCCGCGGGCCGACUUCUUCACCACCAGAUCGAGAUGUGCGCAAGACUCUCCAGUCGAAGAGCGGCUCCCCGGCCAAGCUGAUCAAAGAGGCGAGGGCUAUGCAGCGCCGCCGUCAGCAGGCACAGCAGGAGACGAAGGCCAAGGACGAGUGGGAGACCAUCGGCAUGGACGAGGGCUCGGAGGCGACCGACCCGGAGCCGGACCAAGAGGAGCUGUCGACGGGCAAGAUCAUUUUUCCCCCAACGAUGCAGACCUGGCGCCGUAUGACGCUGCGGGCCAUCUGGAGCUCCAACGCCAAGGCCACGAUCAUGAACGCCAACAUCAUGAGCGGCGAGAGGGCCCCGGAGGCGGCGCUGGAGUGCGACCAUCCGAGGUGGGCGCGGCGCCGCGGGACCAACCAGUACGCCAAGUACGAGCACUGCCUCAAGUGCAAGACGCGGCUGUGGAUCGAGAGGGACCGGCACUCGGAUCACACCCGCCCGUCCGCUCAGGCGGAGCCGCCGCCGCUAGCCAUCAAGCCCGAGCCGGUCUACAAGAAGACGGUGACGGCACCCGCCACCAAGGUGAAGACCGAGAAGGGCGCCCAGUCCAGCGGACCAGAGACGACGGCGAAGGUCCUCAAGGCCCUGGACGACAACAACAACAAGGCCCUGCAGCAGAUGGCGGAGGCCGUGCAGGGCAAUGCGAUCGAGCUGGAUCAGAUCACGACCGAUCGGCAAUGGCCCCCCUCCCUCCUAAGUGACUCGGAGAAGACACAGUUGCUGGCCCAGGCGGCGGUCUUUCUGGUGACCGGGGAAGAGGGUCGAGAGUUCCAGGAGAGCCUCCGGGGAUACACACGGGCGCGAGUCACGGAUGAGGGCAUUCCCCUUUUGGAAUCCCUGACUCCUGACCUCUCGCCAGCGCAGUUACAGAACGCCAUCCGCAGCUCCAGCAAGGACGUCCUGAAGUCCGAGGCCUGGAGAUCCGAGGAUGUCGCCAGGUUCUCUGGGCUUCUCACCCGAGGGGCCUUCCAGCUCUGCCAG